AUGGCGCGAGAAGUACGUAUCAUUCAUAGCAAUGGCGAAGAAAAAAUGGCAUAUCGAAAUGAAAAUGGUUUUGUUCGUUCAACAAAUACGACGACACCAACAGCAACACCUGGAACCAAUACAGGCGAUAAUGAUCGAAGUCUUUUGGAUAAACGUGCUAUUCAAGAAUUAAUUAAACAAGUAGAUCCAAUGAUGCAAAUCGAUGAAGAAGUUGAAGAUAUGUUGGUUCAAAUAGCAGAAGAAUUCGUUGAUUCAACAUUAGCUGCUUCAUGUCAAAAUGCAAAACAUAGAAAAUCGAAUACUGUUGAAUCGAAAGAUGUUCAACUGUAUCUUGAACGAACAUACAGUAUGUGGAUUCCAGGCUUCGGUACGGAAGAUCCAAAACAAUAUAAAAAGUUUCUAACAAAUGACGUACUUAAGGCAUCAUUAAAAACACCAUACAUGUCGUCAACAGCAAAUGCUAAAUCAUCAAAUUCUAAACAGCAACCGUCUCAAUCUACUUAA